AUGGCUGUGCCUGGUAAAAAGGAAUCUCAGAAACUGUCAUCUACACUAUCUCAAGGUGGUGCUGAAGAUUUUGACAUUUUCUGUGAACAAUGUGACAGAGAUGACAUCAGACUACCUGCGUUUGGUUACUGCGUGGAUUGUGAGGUACAUUUAUGUCAAACUUGCUUUAACACUCACAGACGACCAAAACCACUACGCCAUCAUCAGCUUCUAGACAAAGAUCACAUGCCAGAUAAACAAAACAUCCCUAAGUCAUUAAAACCUACUUCUGGUGGAAAGACAGCUGAUUUGACAAAGUCUUGUCCUAAACAUACAAAUGAAAUUAUCAAGUUUUUUUGUCAUGACCAUAACACACUUAUAUGUAGUGUUUGUGUAACCCUUCAACACACACCAACAUCCUGCCACGUGGACUACAUACCUGAUUUAUCAGGACAGAUUUUAGACAGCACUGAGUUCAAAGAAACUCUUAAAGAUAUUAACAAAAUUAACAGACAAAUGCUGCCAGAUUACAAAAGAUUUUUAAAACAAAGAGUUGACAAUCAACAAUUUCUCUUAAAGAUGGCUAUAGUAGAAAUAGAAAAACUUUAG